ACCGCGCGGAGCGAAGGGACAGCUCCAGGGCACUGCGGCGGCGUUCCUGGCACCAGUUGGCUGACGGGUGUGAAUUGGAGAAGAACCUUCGGGGCGACUGUGCGUGCGCGCGUGAGGGAACCUCAGCUUGCCUCAGACCUCGAGGGUCUGGUCUGGGUGCGGUUCCUGAGCCCCCUUUCUAGCGUCCGCUAACGUGGAAAAAGAGGACUUGAGUCCUGCAAAGGUCGAGACAUAAAGGGUAGGGAAGGAAAAGAGGAGAGGAAAGCAACUGAGGCCGAAGGAGAAGGAGCUAGUGUGGACCUCCUGAGCAAUUUUAAGAGGGGGAUUGGACCGCGAAGAUCCGGGCGGGACCACGGAGGUGCGGGGCAAGGAGCAGCGGAAACGGUGCGGGGCUGGGUCUUCUUGCACCUCGGGUCACGCCUCCUUGGCUAGAAGGCGUCUCGCCUUUGAUUGCUUCCAGUUACUACAGAACUUCCUGCUCUGGUGGAGAACUGGGUCUUCCUUGGGUCGCGCUUGCUCCUGGUUUGAGGCGUGAGACUAAGUUCACACGGUCCUGGGCCCCCGAAGCCAAGUGGGGUUAGGGGUACAGAGUCUGCGAGCCUCCGCACCCCAAGUGAGGGACCCAGUGUUGGGGUCCUCCCUCCCCAUCAGUACCCCUCCGGGUUUUGCGCCUCCCCGGGGACCCCUCGCCGGGAGAUGGCCGCGUUGAUGCGGGGCAAGGACUCGUCUCGCUGCCUGCUCCUACUGGCCGCGGUGCUGAUGGUGGAGAGCUCACAGCUCGGCAGCUCGCGGGCCAAACUCAACUCCAUCAAGUCCUCUCUGGGCGGGGAGACGCCUGCACAGGCCGCCAAUCGAUCUGCGGGCACAUACCAAGGACUGGCUUUCGGCGGCAGUAAGAAGGGCAAAAACCUGGGGCAGGCCUACCCGUGUAGCAGUGAUAAGGAAUGUGAAGUUGGGAGAUACUGCCACAGUCCCCACCAGGGAUCGUCAGCCUGCAUGGUGUGUCGAAGGAAAAAGAAACGUUGCCAUCGAGACGGCAUGUGUUGUCCUGGGACCCGCUGCAAUAACGGCAUCUGUAUCCCUGUCACUGAGAGCAUCUUAACUCCUCACAUCCCAGCUCUGGAUGGCACUCGGCACAGAGAUCGAAACCACGGGCAUUACUCAAACCAUGACCUGGGAUGGCAAAAUCUAGGAAGACCACAUACUAAGAUGUCACAUAUAAAAGGGCAUGAAGGAGACCCCUGCCUACGGUCAUCAGAUUGCAUUGAAGGGUUUUGCUGUGCUCGUCACUUCUGGACCAAAAUCUGCAAACCAGUUCUCCAUCAGGGGGAAGUCUGUACCAAACAGCGCAAGAAGGGCUCUCAUGGGCUGGAAAUUUUCCAGCGGUGUGACUGUGCAAAGGGCCUGUCUUGUAAAGUAUGGAAAGAUGCCACCUACUCCUCCAAAGCCAGACUUCAUGUGUGUCAGAAAAUAUGAUCAUCUCGGAGGAAAAACAUCACAAGCAGACUGUGAAUCUGUGUAUUUAAUGCAUCAUAGCAUGGUGGAAAAUAGAAUUUGGAUCACAGAAGAAUGGCUACAAUAAGGAAUGUGUUAAGAAUAUAGAUCACAGAGCGAGAAAAAGAAAAAGAGAACUGAGCUGAUUGGAAUGGGUGAAAAACGUAGUACAACCAGUGUUUUCCAUUAUGUAACUUGUUUAUGUAAAUAAUGUACACAUUUGUGAAAAUUCAAUUACUUAAAAAGAAAAAAGCACAGUGAAAAUUACUGAUAAAUACCAUAUGACUUUCCAAGAGUUUAGGUUGUGCUGGAGGAUAGGUUUCCUUCAGAUUGGUGAUUGUCUAUAAAAUAAACUAAAAGCCAUAUUUCUAUUCAAAGUUAUAGUUUAAUGAAAUACGCCCAGUAUAUCAUGGUAUAAAAUAGGCUCUAAAACAUGAAACAAGUUGUUAAAUAGGGAAUGAAAGCAUGGCACAGAGUAAAUUUGCAACAUAGAGUCACCUUGGAACUUAGAACAUUACUUCUACCGCUCAAUUAAAAGCCUUGACAAGACAAGAAAAAAGCAGUCAAAUAAUUUCAAAAUAAUUGCACGUCUUUUAUCAAAGCCUUUAGAAAAAAAAAAUCUGUUUUUCCUCAAACUGCUUAUUUACAUUUUUCAAAGUUUAAUUUCACUUAUACUUAAUCAGGACUGGUAUAAUAAGACAAAAAUAGUCCAUUCAGAUUCUAAAGGAAUAACGUUGCAUCUUUCUUGAUUGUAUGUGAUUCCUACUUUGAACAUAUUUUAUUUUCCAACCCAUCCCCAUUAGUCAUUAAUAGCAAAGAGAAGAAUUUUCACAGAUGGCAAAUCUUCUUAAAAUGUCUAAAGUAUAUAGGAAACAAAACUAACAGAGAGAUCAUUAUUGACAGUCCCUAUGUUUUGAUAGAAUUAGGUUGGUAAAUACAUUUAUUCUUUACAUACUCUCCAGUAUAUUAGGGCAAAGCUUGUAACAAACUGAGGCUAUAUCUAUCCUACACUGAAGUACAGAAAGGAAUUCAGGAAAACGUUGUCAAGUAUUGAGGUUUUGGCAACACAUAGAUCAUAUGUCUGAAGCACAAAAUGACUUCAUAUUUGAAACCCAGGUCUGUACAACCUCAAUGGAAGUUUUCCAUGGGAAUUGCUAUCUCAACAUUUACCACACAGAUGAGUUCAGUGUAAGGUCACUAGUUGAUCUCAAAACAUAUAGUUUAUAUUUUUGAGAUCCUAAAAUAAUAAACAGUUCUCACGAAAUGGACUCCUAAGGCAGGUAGUACAUAGUAAGGUUCCAUUGCCCUCUAUAAGCUUCCAGUUAUUUGGUGGCAUCAUCUGAUUUUUCUGCACCAACCUUUCUCUUCAACAGCUGUUUUUUUGCCAAAGAUAUAAUUUCUGUUUUUACAGCCAUUGAGUUAAAUAUAUAUAUAUAUAUAUAUAUAUAUAUAUAUAUAUAUAUAUAUAUAUAUAUAUAUAUAAAUGGAAUAACU